UUUUCGUGACUGUUGUGCAGGAUGAUAUAAAGUAGAUAACAUAAGCCUAGUCAUUCGACAUUCUUGAGCCAAUCUGUCUGAUUUGGUCAGUUAUUAUCGGUGUUACAUCAGUAGCAUUGGAGCCAAGAAAUGCAUCACUUAUUAUGACAAAAGACUCAUGUUGCUGGCUUUUAUCUGUAUACAUUUCAUUUUGCAUGCUCCUGGUUUGUUUUCAGUCUUCAACCACUACAUGUCUUGGCUUUCACACACAAACAUCUGCAGCCAUCUUUGCAUACACAUCACUUGCAAGGGCUGUCAAGUUUGUUAAGGUAAUUUAGCCCAACAUUCAGUAUGUUUACUUAGCUUUGUUUUUUUUUACCCAUACUUUUUAUAUUACUGUAUCUUGUUACAACAUUUACUUUCACUGAUGUUAUAAAUGUACUCAGAUCAGUUAGACUGUCAACUGCAACUUUUGUGAAAAUAUGCUACCUCAGCAUCUUUGUUAGCCAACAGUCACAGUCUUGGCAUAUUUGUCAGUUGUUGUUCUAACUGUUGUCUCCAUUCAUAUUAUGGCCCUAGCAUUUGAUUUGAAAUUGUGAAAGCAAACCUGAUGAAGGAGAUGUGCAAUUCUUUUGCUGUGCAUAUUUGUCAUGUUCCAUGGAACCUUUAGUUAUAGGGGUCAACUAUGAAAUCUACUGCAACUUAAAAUGUAUAAGCACGCUAUCUGAAAUUGAAAAGCUUGAAAUGUCCAGUUUAUGUGUAUAGGACAGUUCAGCAAAAAGGCAGCUCAAAGUGCUUUGCACCAUAAAAACAUAAUAAAGCAACCAAUGAUGAAACGAGCAAUAAACAUACAUUUUGUCGCAUGCCGUCAUCAAAAUCGUCAAGCAAAUGUACAUUAUGUUGAUCAAUGUUUCCACUAACUACUAAUAAAAGGCAACUCUAAACAGGUGGGUUAUUACAGAUUAUUAUUAACCUAUUAAUACAUUUGAAAUGCUGUUUAAAAAAUACCCUUUAAAUAAAACUUAUUAGAUCACAAAAUGACACAGAAAAAUCAAGCCCAACUUCCUUUUGUUGAAGGCUAUUUUGACGAAUCGCCUCAUUGCAAACAGGCUUAUUUUAAGCUGUUCAUCAAAUAUAAUUGGAUUAAAACUAAUUUUAUGCCUUAAUAAUUUAUUCAUGUUGGACCUGAGAUGCCAUAAAUCAAAAAGUUUCUAAAAGGUUUUACUUUAUGCAUGUGUUAACUAAACAAGAAUUCCAUGUAAGGUUCUAAUUUUAACUUUAAAAUUUGUUGGCAAAGUUUUAUAGAGAUAACUGAGACUGCAUAACUCUAAUGUGGAAAUACGCCACGUUUUUAAUGCCCAGAUCAUUAUUCAAGCAUGGAUGGUGCUGUUUUAUCUCUAUUCAGUUUCAUUGUGUUAACUCGCAAGAGACAAAGAGGCUCAAAAGACAUGUCGCCUGAUCUGCGUUACUAUGGAGUCUCAGGCAGCCCUUGUGUAGGCUUGGCUGUAAACAUUUCAUGGUUGUUGUACAUGGUUUGCUGCAGGUGCCAGCCCCCUCUGCUGCUUUUUCCCCUCAGAGCUCGGAAUAAUCUCCAAAUGCACCAACUAGGUGAGCUUAAGCUUGCCCUCCUAAUCACGUCCUCUUAAGCGGUGUUUCUGCUAAGUUCAGACAGUCCACCUUGUGUAACAGUGCAGCCCACGGAGACUUUCUGUGGCUAGGUUAUACUACUGUUUUGUUUCUGCCUGACAGGAUUCCACAUGACAAUGCCGCUAACCUGUUGAGCAAGAUGCAGAGCAGAAAAGGGUCUGCUGCACAAUAAACAAGACAAGGAGAGAGGUGGGUGGAGUAGAAGAGGGGUGCACAGAAAAGAGUUAAAUCACUCACUCAGCCAAAAAAAUAAGGGUGCCACGCCCCAGGUGCCAGGGCUAGUAAGAGCAAGCAGCUGGAAUGUGAGGGGGAAAUGAAUGGGGAGUUUAAGUCCUGCCAUUCACAUGAGUCAGUGUAUGACCUUCUUGCCAGUGAGCUGAAGUUGCCUCCCUCUACUGAGCAGAGUCCAGAAGUCAUGAGUCAAAAGAGCGACGGAGAGGCAGGCCCUCUCCCUUCAGCUCCUCUAGCAUCAGAUGCCUUGUCCUCUUCUCUGACCACGGAAGGGCCUCGCAGUGCUUUUCCCACCUCUUCCAGCACCACCAUGCAUUCCAGCACUUCAUCCAGUGACCAGAACGCAGCUCACAGCAGAAAUGUCGACUCAGAGGACAGCAGGAGUAGCCGAGUGGUACCGGAGAUCGUCGGAGUCGUGGGUGGUAGUGGAAAAAGCAGCAACGGUGACCCUGCCGGAGGACGUGGUGCAGCCUCUCAGGAUGGCCAGCCACACCAUCAGCUGACUCCGUCCAAGCGCCGCACCAUCCUCAACAUCUCCCCGCCGCCGCAAGACCUGUUUGACGACAGCCACAUGUCCUGCCAGGAUGCACCGGCACCCUUGGACUCGGAGCAGAGUAACAGCAUAUGGAUGGAGGAUUCCAUAUCCAACUUCAGCAUCAUGAGUACUUCUUCUUACAACGACAACACAGAGGUGCCACGAAAGGCCCGCAAGCGUACACCUCGACAGAAACCAGGACCUAAGGCGGUGCGCACAGUGGAUGCCAGCAUGGAUGUCUUCGAUGCAGACAGCGCCAAAGCCCCACACUUUGUUCUGUCUCAGCUCGGCCCUGAGAGCAAGACAUCAACUAAAACAAGCUCUGAUGAUUCUCAGACUACUAAUCAGAAAGGAGGGACCCUUACAAUGCAGUUCCCAUCGAAGUGUGAGGGAAAGGAGCUUAAAAUCCUCGUCCAGCCAGAGACUCAGCAUCGGGCCCGCUACCUGACCGAAGGAAGCAGAGGUUCUGUGAAGGACCGCACUCAGCAAGGUUUUCCCACUGUAAAGCUGGAGGGUGUGAGUGAGCCUGUGGUUCUUCAGGUGUUUGUUGGGAAUGAUACCGGCCGCGUAAAGCCGCAUGGAUUUUACCAAGCUUGCAGAGUUACUGGUCGCAACACCACUGCAUGCAAAGAGGUUGAUAUUGAUGGCACAACUGUGAUUGAAGUGACCGUUGACCCAAGCACCAACAUGACACUGGCGGUCGACUGUGUUGGGAUUUUAAAGCUCCGUAAUGCUGACGUCGAGGCCCGUAUUGGUGUGGCGGGGUCAAAGAAGAAGAGCACACGCGCUCGCUUGGUGUUUCGGGUCAACAUCCCACGCUCAGACGGAUCAGUGCUCACUCUGCAGACACCCUCAUCUCCAAUUCUCUGCACCCAGCCUGCAGGGCUGCCAGAGAUACUGAAGAAGUCACUGCAUACUGGUUCAGUAAGGGGCGGAGAGGAAGUUUUUAUCAUUGGCAAAAACUUUCUCAAAGACACUAAAGUCAUCUUUCAAGAAAAUGUUUCAGAUGAGAAGUCGUGGAAGUCAGAGGCAGAAAUCGACAUGGAGCUGUUCCACCAGAAUCACCUGAUUGUGAAGGUUCCCCCAUAUCAGAACCUGGCCAUCUCCUCUCCUGUUUGUGUGGGGAUCUACGUGGUGACAAACGCUGGCAGGUCCCAUGAUGUUCAGCCAUUCACCUACACUCCAGAUCCAGACAAUCUUGCAGUACAAAAUGAAAUUCCUGUAAAGAAAGAGAAUCCCUCUCCAGUGAAGACCUGUUCUUAUGAAGAGCAACUCAAAGCUGUAGAUAGUGCCUUGAUGCCUUCAAUGUUGCCUUUAGUGAAGAGAGAAGAUGUCACCCCAAUGGAAGUGACAAACAACCUUCAGGCCUCUGGAGUAUUUAAGAACGGUGAUCUUCGCUCACCCCAGCCGACCCAAGAUGUAGCAACAGCACAUCUAAAUAAAAGCUUAGUUUUCAGCAAUAGCUUACCUCAGCCUGCAGGCGAUCCAGAUGAAACCCAGGCUGCUGCUUUUACCAAUGUCGAUCCGUUAAGCACCAUCCAAAAUCAGAAUAUUGCUCCCAGCAGCUCAUUCCCUUUGCCUGCAGAGUCUCUUCUCCCACAAGGCUCCCAGCAGUUCCUUUUAGAGUCCAGAGAUGGUCUGAUGCGAGAGAGGUCCGGCAGCGCUUCUGGAGGAGUUGGCAGGCUGUGUGUUGAACCGGCACCCCCACCGCCACAGCCACAGCUGCAGCUCUACCCUCCAGAUGAAGUGGCUCAGCUGGAGGAAGCUGUGAGACAACUUAAAGCUAAGGGAUACUGUAACUUACCAAUUCAGGCUGACAACUCGAUAGCCAAACAGCAGCAGCAACAAAUCCAACACCAGCAACAGAUCCAAAAUCAGCAGAUUCAGCAGCAACAGCAGCAACAAAUUCAACAACAGCAACAGCACAUCCAGCACCAGCAACAGAUCCAAACUCAACAGAUUCAGCAGCAACAACAGCAGCAAAUCCAACAGCAGCAGCAACAGCAGCAGGUUUUGGAGAACUUGCAGCAACAACUGUUCCAGUCUCAGAUCCAGAUGCAGUGUGGCAUGUUUCAGGAUGCUGCCCAGGCCGAGAACGCAGACCUUCAAGGUUCCCCAUCAGGAGUGGUGACCAACCAGACAUCACUUUACCCAUCGGAUCAACAGCAACAGCAGCAGAAUCAGCAGCAGCAAGCUGCCCUUUUUCAGCAGGCGAACGACCUUUGUUCCAUGCAGACCGGCUUCCUCCAGCAGACCGCCACCCAUCCCUCACCAACCAUGUUCCACAAUCCCAGUCCUCUGGCUGAGACGCAAGAUCCACAGUCAUCAAUGUAUCAGAAGGCUUCCCAGGAGCAAGUCCAGGCCGCGCUGUUCCAGAGCACCAUGACAGUGCUGCAGUCUCAGGAGCAACAGCAAUCCCCCACUGGGCUUUUCCUUCCCCAAACACCCCUGUCCACCCAGCUUACAACUGGUGGUUCUCAGCAGCAGCAACAACAACAACAGCAGCAGCAGCAACAGCAGCAGCUGGCCUUCCUUAAUGCUCUACAAUCCUCCUCUCCUGAACCGCAGUCAGUAUUUCAGACCCAGGCCCAGAUAUCCCCCAUGCAGCAGAGAAGCCCCAUGGAGCAGCAGCAGUCGCCACAGCCUCCGCCGCUCACACAGCCGCCCCAGCAGCCAGCCAUGUUUCAGAGCAUCUCCCCCCAUUCCUCUCCAAACACUCUCUCUCCAGGCCAGCAGCAACAACAGCAGGCAGGCUUAAUGUUCUGUAACAACAACCUGUCCACACAACCACAGGCCCCUAACCUCAUUUUUACCAGUCCAGGCCAAAUGCCUCCUCUCACCACCAGCAGUCUAGUUUCCCAGGAGUCCCAAAGCCCAUCUCAGCUGUUUUCCCAAGACAAUAUGGUGGGUGUCAAUCAGCAGAAUCAGCCUGAGCCCAUGGCCUUAGGGAAUCCCACCAAUUCACCACAGCAAGUCAUGUUUCAGGAGCAGCAGCCAAUGCAGUUAGGCAGCACCCCCAACAACCACUCUGAGCAGCCAGUGAGUCUCUUCAUCCCUCCAUCCAACAUGCCUCCCAUGCAGGGGGGGAUGGCUGUUCCCGAGCUCACUCAGUCAGCCAUGUUUGCCUCCCAGAACGGCGUGGGAAACCUUCCGACCACCACCUCCUCUCCUGUCCAGCAGCCAGGAAGCUUGUUCCAGCACGCUGUGAGCGGGAGCAUCAGUCAACCCAGCCAGCCUCAGCAGCCGGGCCUUUUCAUCUUCGGGAUGCAGAAUGGAUGUGGCCAGCUGAUGAACAGCCCUGGAAACACAGUUUCAGAUCAGAUCAUAGCAAUCAGCCAGUCGGGUCAGAACCAGCAGGAGAGCGAGGCUCACAUCCAGUCCCUGCUCAGCCAGUCUCUGUCCCAGUCUGGGACAACCGCACAGGGCAGCAUGGAGGUCUCUCAAAGCAUGGAGAAGAUCAAUGACCUGCUAGUCAGCCUGCAUGAAUCAGGCGGCACCCUCACGCGUUCAUUCUAAAUGCCACAGAAGCUCAUGAGCUUGUUUUAUUUUUUGCCGAAGAAAUCUGGAAAAUUGUUAAACACGAAGAAAAGGUCCAAGUGUUAAUGCCUGAUUACUGCGUGCAGGUCUGCUCCUGCACCGCAGAGGAUGUAUUCAAACAGCUCACGGCCUUUGCUCAGCUGGUCUCUUCAGACAAAAAUAAUAACGACCAAUGUAGAUAACGGUGACUUCGAAGACAAACUGGAUCAUUUCUUUUAUAUGCAGAUACAUAAACCAGGAUUUAGGAAUGGGUUGACGGUGACCAAGUUAACAUCUUUUCAUAUCUCUCAAAAAACUGGCUAAUUCACUUUUACUGAAACUUGUGUAAGUAGUGACUAACUCCUGAAGAGUCUGAAAAGAGAAGUGGAACUCAAAUCUUUUUCUUUCGCUUUCUCUCUGAAAUGACUGUGAACUUGUCAGGCCUGAUAAUCAGAGAACUUGGUUUUAAAUGUAAAUAGGUAGAAUGUGAUGUUAUCUAUAGCAUGCUCCAGUUUUGUUUUUCUGUGUCUUGUAAAAUGUCUCCUAAGGCGUUAGAGGUUUCUGUGAAAAAAAAUGUUUUUUUUUUCUACUUCUUAUUCUUGCCAUUAUAUUGCAUGAAAGACGGACCAUUUGGUAUAGCACAUGGUUUUAGACAUUGUGUGGCAUGUUUGGCUGUUCUAGUAGCUACUGUUUGAAAUGGUGCAGAUAGUUUGCAAAAACAAAAGGUCUAUAGAGGGAGAAAAAGCGAAGAAAAAUGAAGUUCAAGAAGUGUAGAAAUGAACAUAAGAGGUUUAAUGUAAUUUGGUUAUUAUUUUGCAGUUUGAAGCAGUGGGCUUGAACCUGUUGAUAGCAAUAAAUUUAAUCUAGAUCUCUGAAAUGCCACAAAAGGAGAUUUUGAUUUUAUUUAUAAUGCGAUAAAUAAGCUUUUUAGGUGCUACAUAGAUAUAUUCGUUAAUAAAUCUACAUAAAUUAUGUAUUGUAUUUGACUGGGUUCAUGCUAAAGAUUUGUCAAAACAGUGAAGAUGGUUAAACUGAGAGAUAUAUUUGUAAAUAUUAAAUAUUUUAUUUAUUUUAACAUAUUAUCUCUAUCAACAUGUGAGCCAGGAUGCAGAUACACCAACACUGCAGUCUGUUAAAAUGUUCUGGUUCAUGUGACAAAUCCAGGUUACAGCCUAUGUUAAAAAAUCAUUGAUGAUGUUGCUCUUUAAUCACUUCUUUUAUAAAGAGUGCUGCAGACUCAUUAGGAAGGGUGAUUUUUUUUUAUGUCCAUAUAUUGUGUCUUCAUUUCCUAGGUUAAAAACAAGGCAGCAUUUGUGAGGAAAAACAAAUGAGCAAAAAAAAAAAAAAUCCUUUAAUUGGUUUUAAAUGUGUCACAGCCAGUAAGUUUGUAGUAAAAUAUAAUAUUUUUUUUAAUCUUUAUGAUCAUACAGCUGUGCAUCAAAUUACCAGCUACUUUGUUGCUAUUCAUUACCAGAAAUCUUAAUGUAUUAGUUUUUGAAAUUAGAUUAAAAUAAAUUAAACAAAUAAAUUCUGUUCACAUAAUUUUUUUCAUUUUUCAGUUAUAUAUUAUCAAAAUAUACAUCUAGAGUAGAGCAUUAACUUAGUGCAUCAUUACUUUCAGUUUAAUGGUUGGAAGGUGGGUUUUUUCAGCGUCAGUGUCUGAACUAGAGUAGUAUUCAUAAACCAGUUAGAAAUGAGCCAGUUUUGUAGAAAUGUUGACUUUAGUGAUUGCUUAGGAGGAGAAAUGUGUCUACAGCUGAGCAUCUCGCACAGAUCAUUGUAUUAAAAUUCAGCAAUUGUGCAUGUUGAAGCUUUACAGACCUCAUGUUGUUUUGUCUGCUGGUGGUCUGUGACUUCAACACCAAAGUUUGAUCUUUGUGUACAUCCUGAUAAAGUGCCAGUUUUAUGGCUCAUUAAGGUUUUUAUUGUCUUCUUUCUUUUCACUAAUUGUCUGUUUAGCAUUUACCUCCUGACAUUCCAAAAUGCAUUUUGUCCUGAUGCUACACUUUACAGUUUUUGUUUUUUCUAAUAAAGACAAAACAGUUUGCAGUCUGUAGUUUUACGUAAGUGCAUGCACAAACAAGAGACGGGUCUCUUAUAAUUGUAAUUAUACUUUUUUUUUUUCUUGUGUUCAGUGUACAUGUUGAAACUAAUGCAUUAAGACCGUUACACUUAGUAUUCACUUUAAAAUCCCAAACAGCUGUUGUUUUAGGAUGGAGUUGAUGUAAACAUUAGCAAUGUGAUUUGCGGAGCGAUUGGAGUGCAGCUGUGUGUAGUGUGAUCAAUUUGGGUGUGUGUUUUUUUUUUUUUUUUAAGGGACCUUUCUCUAGAAGGAAAAUUGACUUGGGAGAGGAGAGCUUUCUAGCUUUCUUCAACUUGUAAAAUAGAAAAACUAAUAUUUCCAAUGCUCCAUAUUUAUGAUUUUCUGUUGCUUUUGUUUUUAGAGAGAUAAUUAUAAAAAAUAUGUUAACUUUUUUUUAUCACUGUAGUAGGUAUUCAUCUUAACAGAGAAAUAUAUCUUAAUUUAUUUGCGCAUUGGUGGUUCGUAGAAUUGCUCUGCAGUCAUGGUCAUUUUUCCUUCUAGCUAUGUUGAUGAAUGUUAUUUUUUUCCCCCACUCCAAUCUGCUCAUUGCUGUACCACCUGGGAGAGCCCUGCACUGGGACCAGUCUGCUGCCGAGGAGGAAGUGACCUCAUUCUGCUGUGACUAAAGUGAAUGUCGCUUUGCUGCACUCCAACCGGUUAUCUAAUCCUGUUGGAGCUCAAAAAAAUGACUAUAACCAGCUCAGUAAAACCAAUGUUUACUGACUUGCUCUUAAUCUAUGUUACUCUCUGUUUAGAAGUUUUUAUUAAGCAGAGAUGAAUGUUUUUACUCUACUGUCCACGGAUCAGGAUAUUUAUACCAACUGUAACUUUUCCAAAUUCUCCAAAGCGCCUGAAGUUCAUACUGUUGUUUCUGCAGCUGUUACUAAACUUGGGCAAAUCUCAGAUGGAAAAUUAAGGGUGAACCAUCUUGUGCUGCUGGUGGUUGUGCCUUUUUUUUAGGGAGAGUGAAAUGCUUUAUAUACUAUGAAUGAUGACCAUACAGCUUACUGUGCACAGUUGCUCCUGUAUAUACUUCUCAAUGUACAUAUAACAUGUGUCCCCUAGACUUUCCUGACCAAACAGUUUUUAGCCAGGCAAUAUGGCACCAUGCUGUCAGACCAAGAAAUUUCAGUAUUCAAUAUGAAUGUACUGCUCGUUUUGUGAAUCGUGGAUGGGAAAAAAAAAUCUUCCUUAUAUCCAGAAUGUUUUAAGUGCACAUAGUGAAGAGGUAAUUACUUUUUUGAAAUUACAGUUUUCUCAUUUGUGUAUGUCUGACUUUUAUUACAGUCUUUGCUAAGUUAUGGAAAAGAGGGAGAUUUUUUUUGUUAAAGUUCUCAUUUUUAUCUGUUCUUUGCAUUUGAAGUUUUAUUUUUACAUUUAAUUUAAUAUUGACAAACUAAGUCAAAGUUAAUCUAUCAUUACAUAUUCACCGGUAAAUAUACUGAAAACACUGCACAGAUUGCACACCCAGCCUGAGGAGAGAUAACUGUAGCAACCGGGUUGAAUUGUUGCUGUUGCCUUUUAGAGUCUGAUUAAAUACUCAACUAUAAUUUUAAGCCAUAACACCAAAAGUGUGCUUAGAAUGUUUGACAGUUUUUGUAGUUGCUAUAAAUUUGUCGUUAACUCUACUGGCGCUUCUCAUAUGCAUCUGUCCUGUUUAGACUAAAAUUAAACAAAAAUGCAUUGCACUUAUGGCAACUAACAUAAAUGCAAACACAUUUUCUCCGAAACUGCUAUGCAGCUGAUUUACAUUAAUUUUAGAUCUGUUUAAAACAACAAGUAUAGCCCUCUGUGUUUAAACCACAGAUGACAAGCUAAAGUAGGUAUUCUAUUAUUUAUGUUGCUUUUUUUUUAAAAUGUCCUUAUGGUAUGAUUGAAGCACAAUGUUAUUUCUUCUCUCAACAGUGAUCAAAGUUUUGAGGGGGGGUUUUAAUGCUCGUUUUCAGUAGGGAAAAAGUGACAAGUUGUUUGCUUUGUUAAUUACCAUCUUGCUUAUGGGGUUUAUAUGAAUAUGUGUUUGUUAGUUGGUCUUGCUGUUUACUGGAACAGUGGUUUCUUUGAGACCAUCUGAUUAUUGUCUCACGUUUUCCUGUAGGUAAAAAUUCAAAUCUGGGUUUAUCAAAGUUGUUAUAAAGGAAACACAGACAAAAAAAAAAAAAAAUCAAAAUAUGUAGUUCUGAAAUUUUAUUUUGGUACUUCUUUGCAAAUUCUGUAAACCAGAUCAAACCAUUCUUCUAGUAAACAGCUUGGAAAAUUUUCUUUUUAAUCAUCAGAGCAACUGUCAAUCAUCAUUCAUUAGGGGAAAAUCUGUUUAUAUUUGGAGUUUGUUUUUGUUACUUUUAUUGUCUUGCGAUUUUGUAAACUUACUGCUAAUUAAACUAGUAUACUUUAA